UGCACAUUACAAUGAUGAUUUUUUUUAACAUUUACAUCAAAUGAUACUUUGGCAAUCCUAGUAUAUAGUAUAAGUAUUCCCGUGUAGACGCACAUUUUUAUCAUUUAUGCAUUAUUCACUUAUGCAAAAUACUAAACCAAAUCGCUAAUCGUGUGCCGUUACAAAGUUGCGGUUGAUUAAUAUUUCGCAACAUUAUAACUACAGAUCCAACCUUUAAUUGAAGAUUGUGAGGUGGCAAUCCUGGCGAAUCAAUUGAGUUUAAAAAUUCCGGUGGAUAGUUCAUGACAUCAUCUUUAAAAUUUUAAUAUUAUAAUAAAAUAAUAAUACAAAUCAACAACAUGCUCGAUUAACCAGUAGCAACCAAUAUAUAUAUAUAUUACACUGUUGCGCCACUGUUUCACUUUUCCAGAUUUCCUGCUUUUCCGGUGGAUUGUUCUAAAUUUUUCUCUCCCUAAGAACCAUCCUCGUACUUUAAGGAAUAUUAUAAAAAAAGAAUUAGCGAAAUCGGUUCAGUUGCUCUCGAUAUUUACGCUUAGUAACACAUUCAGCGAUUCAUUUUUAUAUUAUAGACGAACAUGUUCACGUUCAAGUUCUUUGAAAAAAUGAAUGCAUUCAUUAUUUAGUCGUUCAUUUAAUUUUUUUAUUUUAUUUUUAAGAAUUAUUUAAAUACUAAUACAAAAUCAUAUAAUUCAUAAUAUUAUUGUUGCAGUCUUAUGUCGUCCCAAGCGCCCGGGCCCACUUGAAUUUCACAUAUUUUGUUGUUAUAAUUCGUAAUCAAAUAGAAUAUCGAUGUAUAUAAUAAGAAUAUUAUAAUAGUAGCAUAUUAAAUAUACAUAUAAAUGUCGUUCGUGGUCACGUUCUGUUGUGUCAAAAAAAUGAGUGAAGUUCACGUGACACACACACAUACACUCACAAACGACCAAUUUGAACCUGUUAACAUGCGAUGGUAUUCGUUGUUGCGUUAUGAAAGUUGAUGAGUACCGAACUCAUUAUGAAAUAGAUUAGAUAAGUUCAGUAAUAUUGAACUAAAAUGGCAAUCUUUUUAUUGAACGUAUAUGAACGGUGAAGUGUAAUAACUUUAGUUAUAGGGACGCUGGAUGAAUGUUCUUUAUUCUAUACAUGAUUUUGAUUGUACCCGCUUGAUUGUGCGUGUUGAUUAUGAUGGAAAAAAAUAACUCAAAAGAAGACGCGUCCAUGUGUCUUAAAAGUUCUCAACUGGAAUAUUUGGAUAAAGAUAUCAAAAGUUUCGAAACAGUAAGUUCUAAAUACUUGAUAACCAAACCAGUAAAUUUGGAUGAAGCUAUAGAAAUUGUUGGAUUUGGGAGUUUUCAUUACUACAUAUUAUUUAUUUGCGGAUCGCUUAUCGCAGCAAUCUCCAUUAGCGUGACGUCAGUGUCUUUCAUUAUACCGGCAGCACAAUGUGAUUUCCAAAUGACAUCCGUACACAAAGGAAUCCUUAAUGGAGCAUCGAUGAUAGGAAUGUUCUUCGGAUGUUUUAUUUCGGGUUACAUGGCGGAUUCCAAAGGCAGAAAGUAUACAUUGGUCAUCUGCAUGAUGAUUGAUGGUAUCUUCAACCUCAUAUCUAGCGUGUCUCAGAUUUACCCAGUAUUGAUAUUCUGCAAGUUAAUGAGUGGAUUUGGGGUGUCUGGUAUAACUGUAUUCUAUUCAUACCUUGGAGAGUUCGUAAACAGCAAAAAUCGUAAAAAAUUUAUAUGUUGGAUGGAAUUGUUCUGGACAUUUGGUGUUAUAUUACUUCCAUGCAUUGCAUGGAUAGUUAUACCACAAACAUUCAGAAUCGAAUACGAUUUCUUUUUGUUCAGGUCGUGGAAUUUAUUUGCUGUUAUUUGUUCUCUUCCAAGCAUAAUAUUCUCAUAUUUGUUGCUUCAAUUGCCGGAAAGUCCAAAGUUCUUACUCACCAAAGGUAAACGCCACGAGACCAUGGAUUGCUUGAAAUUCGUUUAUAGGUGGAAUAAUAAUACUGACGAUGAAUUUCCGGCAAGUUUAAGUUGUGACUUCAUUGAUGUUACCUGAUUGUAUUACCGAAGAGAAUAAUAGCUUUUUUAAUGGACUCUACAAUAGUAUUCUGGAGUUAUUUACGUCUCAAUACAAAGUUGUAGCGAUUAUUACAUGUGUGAUACAAUUU